AUUCAGAAAUGGUUUAUUAUUUUACUAGUCAAGAGGUUGAUCCUCCGGCUUUGAUAUACAUGGGAAAGGAUGAAAAGGAAAACGAAGAUUUGAUUAAAUAUGGGUGGGAAGAAGAUGUUUGGUUCCAUGUUCAUCCACAUUCAAGCGCUCAUGCGUAUCUUAGACUUCAACCUGGACAAUCUUGGGAAGAUAUCUCUCCAAAACUUUUGGAAGAUUUAGGUCAAUUGACUAAAGCAAAUAGUAUUAAAGGAUGCAAAGAAAAGAGCGUUGAUGUUUUAUAUACUCCGUGGUCAAAUCUGCUGAAAACAAACGGUAUGGCUACUGGAGAGGUUUCUUUCAAAAAUAAUGCUAUGGUAAAAACGCUGCAGAUUAAAAAAAAUAACAAAAUUGUGAAUCGUCUUGAGAAAACAAGAGUAGAAAAAUUUCCGGAUCUUGAGAAAGAGAAAAUGCAAGCUGAAAAAGAAAAAAGGAGGAUAGCAAGAGAAGCGAUGGUUGCUAAAAAACAAGAAGAGCUUCGUUUAGAGCAGGAAAAGAAAGAGCAGGAAGCACUGAAGUCUUAUGAUUCGUUCUUUGAUAAAUCAAGCAUGCGCAGUAAUUAUGAUAAUGAUUGUGACUUGGAAGAAGAUUUUAUGUAAAGCAAAUAGCAUAUACAUAAAUAAAUAAUAGCACAUGUAAAAAUUGAUCUUUUAAUUGCUUGAUCAUUAUUUCGAUUUGCAUAUUUAAUGUUAGCUAAUUUAAUUUGGCAAUUGGUUAUUCACUGGGAAUUUUAUAAUGAACUGUGUAAUAUUAAUACAUAUUUGUAAUAUUAAUACAUAUAUUAAAGUUACAUUUG